GUCGGCGAGCUUGGCAACGUGACCGCGUUUGAUCCAAAUGGCGAACUGGCUAAGCUGUCCGCGCUAAUGUCAGAAAUGGAGUCUCUUGGCGCCGCGCCUAUCCUGAACGACGGGCAGGUGGCUGGCAACUGCGCCAUCAGCCCGCGGUACCUUCUGUCGCUCUGCUCGGGGACUGCUACUGCCACUGGUGCCGCUGCUGCUACUGCUGCCGCCUCAGGAAGCGCUGGAGCACCCUCAGCCGCCGGGGCCGCCACCGGGACCGCCGCAGGAGCGGAGGCGGACACGCGGUCGCUCCUGCAGUCGGGGCUAGCGCUCGUGAGCAUGUCCGGCAAGCCGCCCGGGCACCGACUUGACCCCGCCCGGGACUUCGUGCUGGUCCAGUCCUUCGACCGCGCCGCCUGGUCGGCACGAUACCGCUGUGCCGCCCGCCACCAGCCCACAGCCGCCCCCACCGCCGCCACUGCUGCUGUCAGCAGCAGCGGCGCCGCGCCAGCAGGACCCUCGGCCGCCGGGCCACAGGCCGCGUCUUCGCCGGCCGCCUGCUCGGCACCCGCAACUUGCGGAGCGGCAUCAGUGGCAGUAGCAGCACAACCAGCAGUGCCUGGACCAGCACCAGGGUCAGCAGCAGCGGCAGGUGGCGGCGGGUGCGGCAGCGGCGCAGUGCGGCCAAGCAGUGACAGUCCCCUGCUGGCGGCGGCGUUGAGUCCGGGCGCGGCGGAGGCGUACGGGUGGGCGCUGGCGCCGACUGUGGUGUUGCACGGGCACGCGCUGGCGGAGGGCGAGGGCCUGGCGUACGCCGCUGAGGAGCUGGGUCUGCCCAUCAGCCAGCGGGCCACCCUGUUCUCGACACCCGAGGACCUAGCUGAGCUGGAGUCGGUGUUCCGGAGCCACCCCUACCCCCAGCACACCUGCUACAUCCGCAGAGGGCAUGGCUUCUUCCUCCUGGCGGACUGUGUGGCGGAGGCGCGGCGCCACUUCGAGAGCCUCAUAGUGCCCUGGUUGCGCCGCUGCCAGCAGCAGCAGCAGCCGUAGGCGGAGCAGCAGCCGCAGGGGCUGCAGUAGCACGGCUGCGCGGCGUGCUUGAGCGAGGCAGCGGCGUACGGUAGUGUUAGUUGUCUUGCGGCAUGAGCUGAGGAGAUUUUUUAUUUUGCGACAAGGGUAGGGCAUCACUGGAACACUGGUACAUGGCUAUUUGGUGGUUGUCCUUGAAGCGAGGCGACAGGCGCGGCAUGGUUGCUGGCCUGACAGCAGCAGACGGUGAUGUACUAAGCAGCAGGGAGGAGGCAGGUGUGAGAGUGGUGAUUGCAUUCUACUACUUCCCCUUGAUGAGGAACCAUAAAUGCACGAGUGUGAGCCGCGCCCCGAGCAAACCCCUGAGGCCUUAGCAGGACACACGCUGAGCGUGCGGCAUCCGUAGCCAGCCGUCCUCACUGUCCCCACACUCCUCAUACAGCCCUCGGUGCGUGGUUUGAGAAGCCGUGCCCGGUCGCGUGGCCUAGUCUGCCGAAUGCCGGAAACCCUUUACUUACCGG